AUGACGUCAGUUUUCAGGGAAGCCAAUUUGUUAAUCGAUCAAGCGAUCGAUAAACUACGUGGAUCAACACAAUCAGAAGACGAAAUGAAAUUCGCCAGCCUGUUGAUUAAUCGUAAAGAACUCAAUGUCAAAGAUGUGAAGGUCAUUCUGUUGUCGAUGUUCUCUGAUGGAUUGAGUACGACAGCUCCUAUGCUUGUUUAUAAUCUCUUCAAUAUCGCCACACAUCCAGAUGUUCAAUCCGAGCUUCGUGAAGAAGUAAAUGCUGCUGUUGGACGAAACAAGGGUUCG